AUGGGGGGCCGGCAUAACUCUGGUCUCUCCGGCCCUGCCCCCCUGGGACACUUCUCCCUUUUCUGGUUGGAGGCCAAAGAAGAACGGAUCGUUGAGCUGGAAACGGAAAAUGCUGCUCUUCACCUGAGACUGGCCCAGCGCCUAAGGCUGGCGGGGACAGCGGACCGGAGAUGGCGCGAGGGCCAUUCACAGAGGACACGCUCGCUCCUCCGGCUGCAGCAGGCGACUCAGCGGCUGCGCCGGGACCUGCGGGAGCUCCGGGCCUCCUCUGCGGACCUUCUCCGGAGCUGCCAGGACCAGCAGCAGGGCUGUCUCUCCCAGAUCCUGGCGGCUGUGCAGAGUGCACAGCACCACGGGGUGCGGCCGUCCUGGCGCGCCAGGGCCCUGUGCCUGGAGCAGUCCUUGCAGGAGCUGAGCGCAAGCUUCCUCCGCGAGAGGCAGAGGCGGCAGAGGCUGCACAACUGCCUGGUGGAGCUGCAGGGGAACAUCAGAGUCCACUGUCGGAUCCGCCCAGCGCUGCCUACGGCCGAGCCUCAGGACCCCGUGUCACACAGCAGCUCUGCGUCCAGAGAAGUGGCCCACGCGGUGGACGACGAGACCGUCUUGGUGCGGUGCAGCCGGCCCGGCCACCACUCCAUCCACAAGACGUUUACCUUUGAGAGGGUCUACGGCCCGGCGGAGGGGCAGGCCGCGGUGUUUGCAGACGUGUGCCCCCUGCUCACGUCUCUGCUGGACGGGUACAACGUCUGCAUCAUGGCCUACGGCCAGACCGGGAGCGGGAAGACCUACACCAUGCUGGGUCCGCAGCCCCCGGGCGCGGCACAGGGCGACGCCGGACUCAUCCCCAGGGCUGCCCAGGAGCUCUUCAGGCUUAUGUCAGAAGACCCCUCAGAGCGACCCAGGGUCGAGGUCUCCAUCCUGGAGGUUUACAACAACGACAUCUUCGACCUCCUGGCCACAGACGGCUGCGCAGCGACGGCCGGGCUCAGGCGCGAGGUGCUGACCACCAGGGAGGGGAGGACGGAAGUGUCCCCGCUGACCUGCCUGUCUGUCGGGAGCGCAGGGGAGUUGGUGGAGCUCGUGGGGGCCGGCCUGCAGCUCCGGGCCAGGCGCGCCACCUCCGUGCACGCGGAUUCUUCUCGCUCUCACCUGGUCGUCACGGUGACUCUGACCGCGGCCACCUCCGGGGACAGCACCCCUGAGUCGCGGUCCAGCCCAUCACUGCCCCAGGCGCCCGGCUGCCCCUCGCCGUCGCCGCCAGCAACAGGGAGGAGGCCGCCUGCUCCCCGCAGAGCCUCACCCGGGUCCCCGGAGGCCCGGCCCGCGGGGCAGGUGCGCGCCCGGCUGCAGCUGGUGGACCUGGCGGGCAGCGAGGGUGCAGGGGCGUCUGGAGCGAGGGGACCAGCCCUGAGGGAGGCGUCCUUCAUCAACCGGAGCCUGGCGGCCCUGGCGGACGUCCUGGGGGCCCUGGCGGCACGCCGAGCCCAUGUCCCCUUCCGCAACAGCAAGCUCACCCACCUGCUGCAGGACGCCCUGGGAGGCCACGCCAAGCUGCUGGUGAUCGUCUGCGUGUCCCCCGGCCGGGAGCACGUGGCCGAGACGGUGCAGAGGCAGCAGCCACGGCAGUGCCCGGCGCCCAGGCCCAGGCCCCAGCAAGCCCUGCGGGCUGGCCCAGGAGUGGGCGCUGAACGAGCCCUCGGGGGUCCUGAAGUCUAG